AUGAUAGACAGACAGAGGGCUGCGCUGCCCCCUAUAGAUUAUCUUGUCUCGUUUGCUGCAGCAAACCCCCCUCGUGCUGGAGCUACAGCUUGGGAGGCCCUUCCUUGUACACCACCUGCUGCUGCUGCUGCAGCAGCAGCAGCAGCAGCAGCAGCAGAUGGGGUAGGAGCCCCCGUCGCGCUGGGCCCCCCAUCACCGCCUCUUUGUCUUCACUCUCCUCCUUACUCAGGUGUAUAUGCACUUAGCAGAAGCAUAGAGAGAUACUGCCCUCAAACAUAUCCAGACCCUCCUAUUGCUGCUGCUGCUGCUGGGGGACAGCCCAGCAGCAGGUUUCUCGAAGCAGCAGCAGCAGCAGCAGCAGCAACGGCGCUGCAAGCACAAUCAAGGGGCUUUCUAACAGGGACAUACACCCCGCAGCAGCAGCAACAACAGCAGCAACCGCAGCAGCAGCAGCAGCAGCAGCAGGAACAACAGCUGCAGCAUGCCCCUGCUUCUGUCUCUUUAAGUAUAUAUCAGAGGGAGCAGUUAGGGGCCUCUGUUUGUCUGUCUCCUUCUGCUUCACAAAGAGAUAUAGAGACAUUAAACCGUACAGCCGAUGCCUCUGUCUCUGUCUCUACAAGCUGUCUCAUCUCAAAUACCUCUCAUAACUCCGACGGGGCCCCUAUCAACGCCUUUCUUUCUUCAUCUCCUCCGCAAACCCCUACACACGGGCCCCCAGAGGGGUCCUUUGGGGGCCCCCAGGGGGGCCCCCAAAGGAGGCCCUCAGAGGGGCCCCUUAGGAGGCCCUCAGAGGGGUCCUUUGGGGGGCCCCUUAGGGGGCCCUCAGAGGGGUCCUUUGGGGGGCCCCCUGGGGGGCCCCUUAGAAGGCCCUCAGAGGGGCCCCUUGGGGGGCCCCCUGAGGGGUCCUUUGGGGGGCCCCCUGAGGGGCCCCCUAGUGAUGGAGCGUCUCCGUUUUUGUCUGUUAGUGGUGCCGGAGAUAAUAGCUUAGAAGGAGAGCCUGAGAGAGCAAGAGACAUAAGAAGAGACAGAGACAAUAACAGCAGCAGUAGCAGCAGCAGCAGCAGCAACAACAGCUGGGGCCCCAAAGGAGACAAGGAGACACUUGAAACUGCUGCAGAAGACAGCCUUGAUUGUGCUGAGGCGCUGCAGACGCUCCAGGAAGCCUUCAAAGGAAACAGAACACAGCAGCAGCAGCAGCAGCAGCAGCAGCAGCAGCAGCAGCAGCAGCAGCAAAGAGCUGCGUCUCUACCUAAUUUUUCGCGAUGUGAAGAGCUGCUGAGGCAUAGCGAGAAGUUUGGAGGAGACAACAGAAGCAGACGCAGGGAACAAAGAGACACAAAAGAGACGGGCGGGUCUACAUGCAGCAGACAAGCGGCUGCUUCAGCAAACGCAAGCGGAGUUGCAGACACUAAGAGAAGAACUACAGAGACAAAACUGGCUGUCAACCAGAAGAAGCUAGAGUCUCCAAUUGCGUCUCCUUCGCUUCGGACGGGGCAGAGACAACUUGCUGAGGGCCUCAGCAACAAAGAAAUGAAAGAAUUGCUAGAAGAAGCGGUCAGCAACUACUGCGACUUGCAACGAGAGGCGGAGUUCUUAAGGCGGGAGGUGCGCCAGCUGAGAGACGGGCACACAAACCCCACCAUAGAGAAGCUUUGUUCGGAGCAACGGCGGCUGCAGCAAGAAGUAGAGACGAAGGAAGCAGCAAUAGGCCGCUGGGAGGCGUUUGCUGCUGCUCUGGGGUGUAUCUUGAGCUCGGAAGGGCAGACAGAAGCCGCAUGCGUGGGGCGGGUGCGUGAAGAAGUAAACAAAGUUCUCGGCCGCAGCAUUCUGCUGUAUGAACCCCUUAUCCUAGACAACAAGCAGCAGCAGCAGCAGCAGCAGCAGCAACAUUCGCUACGCCAGCUGGAAUCCAACAGGGGGGCCUCCCGCAGCCCAAGUCUAGGCCGGGGCAGCAGCAGCAACAGCAGCAGCAAAGUUGCUUCACAUGAAGGACAGAGUGUGAACACUGCUGCUCCCCGCAGCUUUAGAGCUCAACAAAAGACAGAAGCAGCAGCAGCAGAAGGCCCCCAGCUUGGAAGCAGCAGCAGAAGCAACAGCAGCAGCAGCAGCAAGAGCAGCAGCAGCAGCAGCAGCAAGGUCAGCCGCCCUGCCUUGAAGCUCCCUGAGCCCCCAGCAGCAGACGCAGAGAUGUCUCGCUUUACUUCUCCACCCCACAUACACACGCUGCAGCACAAGCAGCAGCAAGAAGCAGCAGCAGCAAGAAGCAGCAGCAGCACUUGGGGCAGCAGCAAGAACCAGCAGCAGCAAGAAUAA